AUGUCCUUUACAGAAUUUCUCUCGUCCGGUGCCAGCUCUUCAGAAUCUAAGGCGACGUUCAGACCAUGGCCCGUGGAAGCAAUCAAUGCCAUCUCAAAUAUUGAAUAUCUUGGAUAUUCUGAGGUAAUAAUAAUAACCAGGGCUUAUUUUUCUUAAUAUUAUACCUCACAAUAAACAUAUCCAAUCAGAGAGCUAGAUUUGUACCACAUGACCAUGACAUUUUUGAAUGAAUACCAUGCCCCUGGCAACUUGUACCUAGAGUUUAUUUCUCAUUUUACUUUGAAUAUUCGGCAGGCUCGUGCCGAGUCCAUCAACCCGAACAACUUACAGAAUUUCGAGCAGGCGUCGACAGUUAAGAGUUUCAAAUUAGAACAAAAUCCAACUGUCACAUACCAGGUAUGUGACAGUUGGAUUUUGUGAUACCACACUUCAGGAUGUAUUGUGCGAACUUUGUUUUAUUCGCUGUGGUUAAGUCAGCAGUAACCAUGUAACAACCGUAAUAUAUUUUUAAUAUUUUUACAUACGCAAACAAAUUUAGUAAUAGUUGUUUUAAGAAAUAAAUUACAGUGCGCAGAAAUAAAUUACAUUGGGGCCAAAAUUUUAGGUGGGAAAUACAUGAAGGAAACUUGAAGAAUUUUUAUCGCUUUUUUAGGUAUCUAUUGCAACCAUGCUUUCAGAAGCGGUAGGAGGAUGGCAGAGUGCUCAAAUGAGAACCGUUAAGGGUGGUAUGAACAAAUUCCCCCAUGCUUUCAUAAAAAAUGUUGAAGAUCCCUACUACUUAGAAAAUGAUAUCCAUUACGGAAUCACAGUUAGGACAGUGGAAUGGCGAAAGCCUGGAGAUGACAAGUGUUCAUACCACGUCAAAGUGUCGGGUCGACAAACCCAGACACAAAAUGAGGUUUAUUUUGAAGCCGAUGCUGUGAUUAUUACCCUUCCACUAAAUAUCCUCCGCCAGAUGGUGUUUAAACCUGCUCUCCCACUGCGCGUGACUGAUGCUAUUGCAGGUAUCCGCUACGAGCCGGGUACUAAGAUAUUCCUAGGAUUUCGGGAAAGAUUCUGGGAAAAGGGCAAGUAUCCCAUCUCUGAUGGAGGAAUUUCAAAAACUAAUUUGCCCAUCAGUAUGAUUGUAUACCCACGAAAGAUAAUACAUGACGACGGUGGAAAGAUAAAACGGGGUGUCUUGCUAUCUUACACCUUUAACAAAGAAGCCUUACACUUUGGUUCACAGUCGAAAGAUGCGAUUAUCACAGAAGCUCUACGCGAGCUCGAAACUAUUUACGAAGGGCUGCUAGGCAAAAACGUGUCCGAAUCAAUCACAGAAUUGUUUGAAUUCGGAGCAGUUCACCCUUGGUACGAUGAUUCGUCCGCAGAAGGAGGAUGGGUUCAUUUACUUCCAUAUAGUUAUAUGGACAAUCUUAGAGUUCUGCUGGAACCGAAAGACAUUCGUCCUAUAUUUUUUGGUGGGGAAGCUGUUUCGUCUGCGAAUGGUUAUAUCCAAGGGGCACUGGAAUCUGGCCUUAGAGCUGCCUGGCAGUUUUUCAAAUUUAACGAGUAUGUUUUAAUUUCUUCAUUGAUAUUAUUUUUUCUGCCUAAUCCUUUUAAUGUUUUUGAUGUUAUAUACUCUGAGUGUAUAUCCACACAUAUAUACAAUCUAUUCUACAAUCUACGUAUACAUAUAUACAUAUAUACAUAUAUACAUAUAUACAUAUAUACAUAUAUACAUAUAUACAUAUAACAUUAAAUAUAAUAUAUUUUAUUGUACAUAUAUACAUUAUCAUUAUUAUACAUAAUUAUGUAUUAUAAUGUACACACAUAUAUGUGCAUUAUAUUCACCUGAGUACAUAACAUCAAAACACACGCAUUACAUUACGAUUCAAUUUUUCUAAUGUAAAUAUCUCGGCGAGUAUUUAUCCCCCAUUUUUUAAACGAAAACCACCAUUGAAAUCCUCACAAAAUAACCUUUCGAACGGAGGUCAAAUGCCGUCAAAACAUUACACAAACCGAAACAAUCAUAUAUUUAUUCACCGCUUGGCCAAACAUUCUGUAUUUCAUAUCGAGAAAAAGUUGACGUCUCAACUUUUCGUCAUUUUCUCAAAGGCUAUACGACUAAAAUAUACUCUAUUAAUUCACAUUAAAUAUUUUUGGUACUGUUUAAAACAUGAGCGACUGCAUGUAUUAUAUUAAAUUUAAAAAACUAAUUAAUAAUUCAUGAAGAAAACACAAAGACUGAAAAAUCAUAAGCGUGUCGUAUCUGUAUAUGUGAUACAGAUUCAUGUUGAUUUACAUAAACUUUAACUUUCAUUUUCUCGGCUUAGACAACGUUUAUUUUUAAAAUUACUUCGCCAAUGAACUCAUAAGAUGAGUCGUUUUUUAAGUCAUUUACAACAUUCGCGUCCGUGUUGUAUCAGAUACAAACUCACGCCUUUGGCUCGAGUUUGUAUAUCCGAUACAACACGGCCGCUCAUGUUGUAAAUUGUACAUACAAGUCGAGCUGAAGACGAAUGAUAAUUAAUAUAUUAUGGACGUGAAUGAAUCCCGGGAUGAAUCAAUUCGGUAUCAAACAUGGAGCACACGGUUUGGAGAGACUCGCUCGAACUCAUUAUCUAUGUUAGUCUAUAUAGUCUUCCGCUGCGUUGUACGUAGACGAAAUCAGGGUUUCCGGCCCACGUUUCUAUGCUUUUUGUAUUAUCAUUAUUUUUUCGUUAAGAAAUUGACUUUACUGCCAGAAUGCUCUGCGUCACCGUAUUUUUAUAUGAAACGAAAACGAAUGUGAUGCAUGGACAUCGGACAAAACCAAAUAUUAGGCCCCAUAUAUUUAAUUUUAUUUAAUGAGCCAGUUUUUAAUGUGCCGAUACAAUUCGGCAACAAUCCAUUCCACGCUUGUGAGGUGUUGCUAUACGUAACCAAAGUGAACACCUGAAUGAGGUGUAUGUUAAUUAGUAUUGUAUUUUCGCAUGGUCCACCAAUAGUCAUACAGCUAUUUCAAUUAAGGUAAGUUGUCCCCGAGCAAAGCGGAAAAGUCAAAUACGAGCGCGAAAUGCUUGCUGGGAAUCGCCAAUCAAUUCAUUAUUUUUUUAGCGAUUCCCAGCAAGCCUUUCGCGCUCGUAUUCGACUAUAUUGAUUUAAUUAAUUAGGUGCAAAUACAAUAGACACGUGACGAACAUUACAAAGAUCAUGUUCACUGCAAAAUAUCUCACUCAAAAUAUUUUGACUCAAAAAACUGGAGUAAAAUAAUGCAUCUGAUCCACGAUAACUCAAAUUUUGAAUUAAAUUACUCAGAUUUAUGUGAGAAACGUUUUUUUUGAAAAAAAUUAUAAAAUUUAUUAAAUAUUAUUCAUACAAUGAGCUCAACCAAUGAGGCCGCGCACAAGUUAACAUAAAUUUGAACUCCAACAAAAUAAGCACAUGGUAUUCAAAUUUAUCAGCCCUUUAAUUAAUGAACUAUUUUGACCGCCAAUUUGGAUAAUUUUUUUUAAUUAAUCAGCAAUUCUGUAUCAUCUAAGAUUAGUUAUUUUUCGUUUUUAGGCAGUCGUGCUUAAACGAAGGAAUCCCUCCACCAAAGACAGGCCAAAGACCAAAUCCUUUUAACGAUGACGAUUUUAAUCCGAAUGAAAGACUUAAUCUUCCCUUUUUAGGCUUAUCAAAAUAUCCUUUCCCAAUUUAA